AUGCCGGCUGCCAAUCAGACCAACGGCAAUGGCCGAAGUGCUCCAGGAGGCCAGAGUAACGACAACGGCCAAAAUAUCCGCAGAGUCCGAAGUAGGGGCCACAUCCAGACCAACAAUAAUGGUCAGGAGCAAGGCAAUGGUCAGAUCAACGACAAUGGUCAGAUUAACCGCAACAAUCAGAGUAACGGCAAUAGUCAGAACAACAGCAGCCGUCAGAACAGCAGUAUGAAAGCAUGCCACUGCGGCCUCUGCAUGCUCACCCGCGCCAACUUCGACGAUAUCUUUGGUGCCAUGGAUACAAACCAGAUCGACCACGAGACACUCCAUCGCAUCCUGAGAACCGACUAUCUCAACUACAACAAGGCUUUGAUGGCCAAGUGCGAACUUGAGCUCAAGUGGCGGGAGGUCGAGCGGGAUCGUGUACGGGGCCUGGAUUGA